GGCCUCAUUUUCAUCGUAUAAAACAGGUUGACCUUUCGCAGCAGCGUCUCUUUGAUGAAUGAGAAUCAUGGCGGCGUUACUUCAUUAUUUUUGGUUUAUGCUCGCCCUUCUACAAUUGAGCGAAGGAAAGGGAAGCUCAUAUGACGAGGCAUACCUGAGAAACGCACUAUUUUCUGACUACGAUAAAUAUAUGGCACCAGUUGGGGAUGACGAUGGACCUGUUGUUGUCAAGCAAUCACUACAUUUUGUUAAAGUGGUCUCCCUGGACAAUGACGUUUUAAUAAUGCAAAUUUGGGAAUUCAUGAAAUGGAGAGAUACUCGACUGCAAUGGGACCUUAACACUUUCAACAUCAGUACAUUAACGGUGCCGAGUAAAUGGGUGUGGCAACCGGAUAUCUUGUUAGUUGAUAGCCUUGAAGAAUACUCUGGUUUCCCGUCCGGUGAUCUGCUGGUUACCAUUUACAACGAUG